AUGGGGGCAGGCGCUCUGGCCCCUGUGGGAAAUGGGCAGAGGUCCUGGUCUGCCAACGAGCUGGUCGCCGAGACGGUGCAGUGGGGCAUCUGGCCCCCAGCAAUCUCUGCAGGGCCAGAGGCAUGGCCGGGGGGUGUUGCCCCCUUGGAGUGUGUCCCCCCCCACAUCCUGGUCACUUUGUCCUUGCUGCAGGUGGACGUGGAGGUGGAGAGCAUGGACAAAGCUGGGAACUUCAUUGGGUGGCUGCACAUCGACGGGGUCAACCUCUCGGUGGCGCUGGUGGAGCAGGGCCUCUCCAAAGUGCACUCCACGGCGGAGCGGAGCAACUACUGCAGGCCUAGGAGGGUUGCCGGGGCUGCCGCCAAGCAGAAAAAGGAAAAGGUGUGGUCACAGUACGAAGAGCCCCCCGUGGAAGAUGUGGUGACCACAGCAGAGGAGAAGGAGCGCACAGCCAACUACAAGCCCGUCUUUGUUACAGAGGUCACAGACGACCUCCACUUCUAUGUGCAGGAUGUGGAGACGGGGACACAGCUGGAGAAGUUGAUGGAGAGUAUGCGGGGUGAGAUUGCUGCCUGCCCCCCUGUGGAGGGGGCCUACACACCACAUCGCGGGGACUUCUGCAUUGCCAAAUUUGUGGAUGGAGAAUGGUACCGGGCACGGGUGGAGAAAAUUGAGUCCUCGGGCAAAGUGCACGUCUUCUACAUCGACUAUGGCAACAAGGAGACCCUGCCUCCCACCCGCCUGGCCGCCCUGCCACAGGCAUUUGGCACUCGUGUCCUGCCCGCCCAGGCCACCGAAUACAAGUUUGCCUUCAUCCAGGUGCCCCAGGAUGAGGAGGCCCGGGCGGAUGCGGUGGACAGCGCCGUGCGGGACAUCCAGAACAUGCAGUGCCUGCUGAACGUGGAGUACACAGGGCCCAGCUGCGCUCACGUCACGCUGCAGUUUGCCGACUCCAAGGCCGACGUGGGCCUGGGGCUGGUGAAGACAGGGCUGGUCAUGGUGGAGCCACGGAAAGAGAAGCAGUUCCAGAAAGUGAUCACGGAAUACCUGAAUGCGCAGGAGGCUGCCAAGAGUGCCCGACUGAACCUGUGGCGUUACGGAGACUUCCGUGCUGACGAUGCUGAUGAAUUUGGCUACAGCCGCUGAGCGACCAGCCCACUGGCCUCCGCCACGCUCCCCCGUCUCCCCCGGACCACAGCCCCUCUCCUGCGUCUGGAGCCUGAUGCCUGCAGGGGCGGGGGGAAGCGCUCUGACUUCCGGGGAGCAGACCCUGCAAAGCAGGGGAGAAGCUCUCAGGCUACCCUCGCCACCCCACCGCCACCAGAAGCUACGCCCAGCCUCCUUCCGGGCAAGCGGGAAAGAUGAUUUACGUUACGCUUCGGAAGCAAAUAAAAGUAGUGAGAAGCUGGA